AUGGCGCCGCAAUACACGAAGGACCAACCUGAGAGCUUCAUCAAUGCCAUCCGAAAUGUGGCAAUCGUUGGUGCGACUGGACAAAUCGGCAAAGUCUUCACCGAGCACCUUCUCAAAUCGGGAAAACAGACCGUGACCGCCCUCACGCGCUCCGGGAGCGAGACCCAGCUUCCAUACGGUGUAAAGAAUGCACCAAUUGAUUACAAUGACGAGGGAACGUUGAUUGCGGCUCUCAUUGGCCAAGACUUUUUGGUCAUCACCCUGGCCUUGUCUGCCCCCCCGGACACGCAUAGCAAGCUGGUCAGGGCUGCGGCCAAGGCAGGUGUUCGGUACAUUAUGCCGAAUGCCUAUGGCACUGACUUCUACAGCAAUCCGAAGCUGCUGGACGAUAUACCAGCCUUGAAGUACAUUCUUGCCAACGUGCAAGAGAUCGAGGAACUCGGCAUCAACUGGAUCGCUCUUACCCCCAAUUUUUGGUACGAAUAUAGUUUGGGCAUCGGACCGUUCACGUUCGGGUUUGAUUUCCCGAACCGGACGGCGACGUUCUACGAUGAGGGAACCACGAAGAUCCAUACCACCACCUGGCCUCAGUGCGGGCGUGCGUUGGCCGCGUUGGUCAAUCUCAAAAAGAUUCCGGUAGACGAAAAUGAUUAUUCCGUUACUUUGGCUCAGUUCUGCAACCAACCGAUGUACAUUUCUAGCUUCACGUUGAGCCAGCGAGAGAUGUUUGAUAGCAUUAAUAAGCUCCUGGGUUGGACCGACGAUGACUGGAAAAUUUCCUAUCAACCCACUGCUGAGCGUUACAAGGAAGGGCUCGAGGAAUUGGCAAACGGCGAUGGAACAGGGUUCUUGAAGGCCUUGUAUGCUCGCGUAUUUGACCCAGCGGCCGGGGGCAUCUUCGAGACACACAAUAACGUGCUGGGACUACCCAAAGAGGAUCUGGACGAAGCUACACUGGCCGCACACCACUGGGCCAUUGCGCAGGCAAAAAGUGGAUAGUGUCAGAGGCGGACGUAUUCCAGAUAUUGAGGCAGAUACAUAGCGAGGCAGAUCAG